AUGGCGUUCAGACCCUUUGGUAUCCAGUACUUCCCGGGCUUCGUAAUGAACGAAUCCGUGCUUUUCUUUGAGGCAGCACAGUCUGAACCAAGGCAAAAUGGCAUAAUAAACUGCGGAGCUCGAAAUCGGUGGUUUGAAUUACUUAUUGAUAAAUCAGCCUCUCUUCCGACUCAGAGUAUGGGAUUCAAACCCUACGGCCCCCAAUACUUUCCGGGCUUCGUUAUGAACGAGUCCAAGCUUUUCUUCGAAGCAGAACAGUCUGACCUACCAAGGCAACAGACAAACUACUGUCUUCACGUCGACGGAAUGGCUCUGAUGAAGCAAUUCGGUCUCAGGCUCAUUCGCGAGUGGAAUAUGCCUAUGGAGAUUCGCCCUGUCUGGGUUGGAGAUCGUAGGUGUAUGUAUGCCUGGCUACUCCCCCGAAACUAUGGGACCACACUUUUCCUCGAUGCCGACUUCCAGGCGCGCCUUGCGGAAUUCAAGAAGGUGGCUCGAAUUCCGGGUCCGCCAAACGAGCAACCAAGAUGGCUGGCUCUUCAUACUGGCGACAUUCCCCACACCUUCGUACAAGGCCAGCGAUGGGCAGACGAGAAAUAUCGAAGCCAGAGUAUACAGGAGACACUAAUGUAUACAAAGUCGUGUGCAAACUGCGACCUAUUUGACCCGCCUGUAUACGAGCGGGGCGGCGAGGAAGAUGAUGAGUCCUCUGGGGAUGACGGCGAAGAGGAAAGUGAUCCGGACGCUGAGGAUGAUUCCGAGGAAGCAAAGAACACAGAGGAAGAUGCUAUAGCGGGGGACAAAGGAGUCACAUCACCCGCCAAAUUACUUGUCUAUAUAGCUGCGCCCGCCAGUGUGCCCCAUCAUGAAUUCAAUUCAUGGGUCGUCGAAGAGUUGAUACAUCACAUGAUCAGCGGGAGGGUCGUGGACGAUGAAUUCCGAGGUCAGAGUAUUCAGGAGGCACUGUUUUACGCAAAAUCGUGUGCAAACUGCGACCUCUUUGAUCCAUUCCUAUAUGAGGCGGGCGGGGAGGUGAACGAAGGUGAAUCAGAGGAAACGGAUGAGGAUGCCUGUUCGGAUUCUGAAGAGCAGAGCGACCCUGACGACCCUGAUGAGUCUGAAGACAAAGGGGAGAAGACGAUAGGGGAGGACUGA